UCCGACCGGGUCCGGCGGCCCGCGGCCGCCGUGCGGCGGGGUCAGUGUGCUCCGUUCCCCCACGACGGUGGUCUCCGGAUGGCAUGGAUCCCUCGUCUACCUCGUGCCUAGCCGCAUUGAACAACUGCUGCCAUGGAUCGACGACCUGCUGUGGGCGUUGAGGAGCUCCGGCCGGCCAGCCGUCCUGCCGGCAAGGCUCCGAAGUUUCGCCUCCUAGAUUUUACCGGUUGGAAGGUUAAGCAAUCAAUCGUCCCAUGCUACAUGAUAUUUGGGUUUAGUAUUACUGUAUUAAGUAUAAACUGAUGCUGCACCUGUGUGUAUAUAUAUGAUCCUGAUAUCUGAUUUACCAUUGAAAAUUUUUACGACGAACUCUAGAGUUUUCAGGUGGGCGGAGUUUACUCUCGAUGGAACCCUGGAGGAACAGUGGUCAGUGGUUCUCCAGAAUUCAGAGACCUGCAAUGGAAUCGAAUAGCUCUUGUAAAUUCUGCAGGCUCCAGUUCCAGCUAUAGCACCCAUAGGUGUUGCCACCAUGUAUAUCCAAAUCUGGGUGUACCUUCCUGUUGCAACUGCCGGACCAAGUGUACAUGCAGGAUUCAUUGAUGCUCCUGUUGAUGGCCUGCUCACGAGAUUAUCAAACAAAGUUAGAAUUUAUCUUCCUCAAGGUUCAGGGCAAAGGAAUUCUGUUUUUGAUGCUUGGAUGUGAUAUGAAGCAUGGCAGUGAAGGCUAUAUAUAGGCAUCUGCUUUUGCGUGGUUUUCAAAUGCGCAACGUGCCUUGUAGUAGCUUCUGUUGUUAAAAUCAACAGCCUCCAAAUCUGCAGCGGCCGAGGUGCCAAAUUCAUGGGUUUUAGAAAAGCGGCAACUGAAUACCGCGGCGAAAGAAGUUGCUAGAGCAAUGUAUUUGGAAGGACAGGAACUACUUCUGUAGCUGUGUGCAACAUCUAAGUCAUUCUUGCGUUCCUUGAAAACCAGGGCACUGAUCUGCCUUCCACCUUUGCCGCUUCAAAUCUGGAGUUGUUGGUUUCAGCAAGACCAUAUGCUAAGCUAAGCGCGCGUGGAGUGCUAGGGUACAUCACAUCCAUGCCGUUCCCGCCAAAAUCCAUCCAGGCCACUGCCCAGAUAAAUCUCAACCAAGCAUAGAGCGAGCUCUCUGUCCACUGCACUGACAUUCUUCUCCAGUGCUCCAGGUACAGGAACACAUCUCUUCUAGCUCGAGAAUUCAUCAAUGGAGCAUAUGAGGAGCAUCCCUGGGGCAGCUUCCAUGGACAACAUGAGCGACGAAAAGAUCGCAGUCAUCGUCCCGCACUCGUCCCCUAUCCUCUCGAAGUCUCCUUCCAACCAAACCCUGCCUCAAUGGGUGCAGAGCGAGGCUUCCCGUCCAGCUCCGAGCUUGGAGAAGAGGGCGGCACUUGCUCUCGUCAGGAAGGUGGCGGCGGAGUUCCUGGGGACCUUCCUGCUCAUCUUCAUCGUGCUGUCGGCGCUCAUCGUGAACGAGGCGCACGGCGGCGCGCUGGGCCUGCUCGGCGUCGCCGCGGUGGCAGGGUCCGCCGUGGUGGUGAUCGUGGCGUCGCUCGUCCACAUCUCCGGCGCCCACCUGAACCCGGCGGUCAGCGCCGCCAUGGCCGCGUUCGGCUACCUCCCCAGGGCCCAGCUCCUGCCUUACGUCGCUGCUCAGCUCCUCGGCUCCACGGUCGCCUCGUUCGCGGCCAAGGCGGUCUACGAGCCGGCGAACCUCGGCGCCACCGUCGCCACCGUGCCGGCGCUCGGCACCGCGGCGGCGCUCGCCGUGGAGUUCAUCACCACGUUCGUCCUCCUCUUCGUCAUCACCGCCCUCUCCACCGACCCGAAAGCAGUGAAGGAGCUGGUUGCAGUGGGAGCUGGGGCGGCAGUGAUGAUGAGCGCGCUCAUCUCCGCGGAGUCGACGGGAGCGUCGAUGAACCCGGCGAGGACGCUAGGGCCGGCGAUCGCCGCUGGGACGUACACCAAGAUCUGGAUCUACAUGGUCGCUCCUCCCCUCGGCGCCAUCGCCGGAACUGGAGCUUACGUUGCGCUCAAGAAGUGAUUCAGUGGUGAUUGUGCAGGCGGGCAUGGCUGCACAAUCACAUAAACGAAGUGUUUUUUUUAUUAAGAUUUCUUAAGAAAAGAAGUAGGAGCUAGGACGAUGGAAAUGGAAUCAAGGGCACAAUUGUUCGGACCUUGUUCGAUUUCUCCGUGGGAUACUUCGUUCUCCAAUUCGCAUAUAUGGCAGUAGCUAGUUUUGUGUGAA